UUUAAAGCUCAAAUUUAUGAUGUUUGUCAAUUCGAAAAAAAGAAGGAAAAAAGAGUUAGAAAAAUACUCUAGGUUUAACUAUUAAGUUCCAAAGGUUAGUAAGAGAAAGGGUGAUCGAGUCGGCAGCUAGCAAAAGAUGAGUAGUCGGCGAGGGCCACCGAAGCACCAAAACAGCUACGCCUGGAAGCCAAACGCCGGUGUUAAAAUCAACGAGAAGGAAGUUGGAGGGAAGCUAAGGCCUUACUCUGAAAUAACUGGAGUUUGCCCUCGAUGCAAAGAACAAAUCGAUUGGAAACGGCGUUACGGCAAAUAUAAACCCCUAACGGAGCCUGCAAAAUGUCAGCUUUGCUCCAAACGUAAUGUGCGUCAAGCCUAUCAUAAUCUUUGUUCUGGAUGUGCUAAGGAGCAAAAAGUAUGUGCAAAGUGUCGAUGUCGCGUUAAUCAAAUAGUUGGGAGGGAUUCUGCGGAGGUUGAAGAAGAGCAAAAGAUGCUUGAGGAGGCUAUUAAAAAUGCUCGAGAGAGGGAUAGAAGAACAUUAUUACGUGCUGAAAGGAGAAAUGUAAUUGGGCUCUAAGACUCAGUGCAGAUGGAAUUCAGCAGUGCUUUUGAAUAUUUGUUGAAUGUACCUCCAAUAUACCAUUAUACCUCUGCAUUGGCAAGUUCUAAGCUAAGUGGGACAUAUGUACUUGGAGUUACUCUUCAUAUAUCAACAUUGCCAUCCAUUCCUUUAUCUGUUGUUAUUUUCUGGUGCUUUGUUCUGUCAAAUGCCUUAAUGCUUACCUUACUUUGUUGUAACAGAUGGAUAAAAAUAGUUUUAAAAGUUCAUCAAAAACCACAACCAACAAAGAAAAUGGUAGAGUGGGUGAAAUAUUUCCUUCUACAUCUCUUGAGCAGUAUGCCAAACUAGGUAGAAAAGAUGCUGGAAAUCAUGGUGAUCCAUAUGACUCUGGGAAUGAUGACAUUAAUGACCACAGUGAUGAUGAAAAUGAUGGUUAAGAAGAUGAAAAUGAAGAUAGAGAGGAUGAUGAAGAUGACAAAGGAGAACCAAGUGCAUAACUGCGAAGACUGAAUAACUUAUGCAGGAUAAGGAAUCUGGGCGUACCCCAGAAUCUUUAAUAGUUUUCGUCGACCUCUGCUCUCGAUUGUUUUCCAGUUAUAGAUUGUUUUCCAGUUAUAGUUUUGCGAUGGUCGUAUCUUUUAACCAUUCUUUUUGGUCGUAAGCUUUGAUGGAAACACAUACCCUUACCCUACAGCUUGUGGUAAAGAUGUUCUGUUGGCUUAACAAGUUCUUACAAUUUUGUCUUAAGAUUUGUAAACCUCGUAGAAUAUAAUUCAUUAUGAUGAUAUUACCUGUUAAAA